AUGGCGCAGGGGGACGCUGGCCCCGGCCGCGGACUCAUCGCGCUGACCUUCUGCCUGCUAGCCGCGCGCGGGGAGCUGACAUUGGCCCAGGAGACAACUGUGGAGCUGAGCUGUGGAGCAGGGCCGCUACAAGUGAUCCUGGGCCCAGGACAGGCUGUGGUGCUGGACUGUAAUCUGGGGACUGCCACUGCUGGACCCCCCACUAGUGUGACCUGGAGCAAGGAUGGGGCCUCCCUGCCUGAGCACCAGCCCCUGCACUUGCUGCCCAAUGGCUCCCUGUGGCUGUCCCAGUCACCAACACUUGAUGGAAGUGAUGAGGUGACCACUGGGGCCUCAGGCAUCAUUGAGGGCAGCUAUUCCUGCCUGGCCCAUGGCCCCCUUGGAGUGGUGGCCAGCCAGGCUGCUGUGGUCAAGCUUGCCACACUCGCAGGCUUCUCUCUGCACCCGGAGUCUCAGACAGUGGAAGAGAAUGGGACAGCUCGGUUUGAGUGCCACAUUGAAGGGCUGCCAGCACCAGUCAUUACUUGGGAGAAGGACCAGGUGACAGUGCCCAAGGAGCCUCGGCUCAUCACCCUUCCCAAUGGCGUCCUCCAGAUCCUGGAUGUUCAAGAGAGCGAUGCAGGCUCCUACCGCUGCGUGGCCACCAACUCAGCCCGCCAGCGCUUCAGCCAGGAGGCUGUACUCAGCGUGGCACGCAGAGGGUCUCUUGCGUCUACCAGGGAGCAGGACGUGGUAAUUGUGGCAGCCCCGGAGAACACCACAGUGGUGUCUGGUCAGAGUGUGGUGAUGGAAUGUGUGGCCUCGGCUGACCCCACCCCUUUUGUGUCCUGGGUCCGACAGGAUGGGAAGCCCAUUUCCACAGACGUCAUCGUCCUGGGCCGCACGAACCUACUAAUCUCCAGCGCGCAGCCCCGGCACUCUGGCGUCUAUGUCUGCCGCGCCAACAAGCCCCGAACCCGUGACUUCGCUACCGCAGCUGCAGAGCUCCGCGUGCUGGCGGCCCCCGCCAUCUCUCAGGCUCCGGAAGCGCUGUCCCGGACGCGGGCAAGCACAGCGCGCUUCGUUUGCCGCGCGUCUGGAGAGCCGCGGCCCGCGCUGCGCUGGCUGCACAACGGGGCGCCGCUGCGGCCCAACGGGCGCGUCAAGGUGCAGGGUGGCGGCGGCAGCUUGGUCAUCACACAGAUCGGCCUGCAGGACGCCGGCUACUACCAGUGUGUGGCCGAGAACGGCGUAGGGACGGCGUGCGCCGCAGCGCCCCUGGCUGUGGUGGUGCGUGAAGGGUUGCCCAGCGCGCCCACGCGUGUCACGGCCACGCCGCUGAGCAGCUCCGCGGUGUUAGUGGCCUGGGAGCGGCCUGAGCUGCACAGCGAGCAGAUAAUCGGCUUCUCCCUCCACUACCAGAAGGCACGGGGCAUGGACAAUGUGGAGUACCAGUUUGCAGUGAACAAUGACACCACAGAGCUACAAGUUCGAGACCUGGAGCCCAACACUGACUAUGAGUUCUAUGUGGUUGCCUACUCCCAGCUGGGGGCCAGCCGUACUUCAGCCCCAGUGCUGGUCCACACACUGGAUGACGUCCCCAGCACAGCACCCCAGCUCUCCCUGUCCAGUCCCAACCCCUCGGACAUCAGGGUGGCGUGGCUACCUCUGCCUCCUGGCUUGAGCAAUGGGCACGUGGUGAAGUACAAGAUAGAGUACGGUUUGGGAAAGGAAGAUCAGAUUUUCUCCACCGAGGUGCCAGGCAAUGAGACACAGCUUACGCUGAACUCACUUCAGCCCAAUAAGGUGUACCGAGUACGGAUCUCUGCUGGCACAGGUGCAGGCUAUGGAGCUCCCUCCCAGUGGACCCAGCACAGGAUGCCCAGCGUGCACAACCAGAGCCACGUCCCCUUCGCCCCUGCAGAGUUGAAGGUGCGGGCCAGGAUGGAGUCCCUGGUUGUGUCGUGGCAGCCGCCCCCUCACCCUGCCCAGAUCUCUGGCUACAAACUGUACUGGCGGGAGGUGGGGGCUGAAGAGGAGGCCAAUGGUGAGAGCCCCCCAGGGGGCCGUGGAGACCAGGCUUGGGAUGUAGGGCCUGUCCGGCUCAAGAAGAAAGUGAAGCAGUAUGAAUUGACCCAGCUAGUUCCUGGCCGCCUGUAUGAGGUGAAGCUUGUGGCAUUCAACAAACAUGAGGAUGGCUACGCAGCAGUGUGGAAGGGCAAGACAGAGAAGGCUCCUACCCCAGACCUGCCCAUCCAGAGGGGGCCACCCUUGCCACCUGCCCAUGUCCAUGCAGAAUCAAACAGCUCCACAUCCAUUUGGCUUCGGUGGAAAAAGCCGGACUUCACCACAGUCAAGAUUGUCAACUACACAGUGCGCUUCAGCCCCUGGGGACUCAGGAAUGCCUCCCUGGUCACUUAUUAUACCAGCUCUGGCGAAGACAUUCUCAUUGGCGGGCUAAAGCCAUUCACCAAAUAUGAGUUUGCAGUACAGUCUCAUGGUGUGGACAUGGAUGGGCCUUUUGGCUCUGUGGUGGAGCGCUCCACCCUGCCUGACCGGCCCUCAACACCCCCAUCUGACCUGCGCUUGAGCCCCCUGACACCAUCCACCGUCCGGCUGCACUGGUGCCCCCCGACAGAACCUAACGGCGAGAUCGUGGAGUACCUGAUCCUGUACAGCAACAACCACACCCAGCCGGAGCACCAGUGGACCCUGGUCACCACGGAGGGGAACAUCUUCAGUGCUGAGGUACAUGGCCUAGAAAGUGACACUCGGUACUUCUUCAAGAUGGGGGCUCGCACAGAGGUGGGACCUGGGCCUUUCUCUGGCCUGCAGGAUGUGAUCACUCUCCAGGAGAAGCUCUCAGACUCCUUGGACGUGCACUCGGUCACGGGCAUCAUCGUGGGUGUCUGCCUGGGCCUCCUCUGCCUCCUGGCCUGCAUGUGUGCUGGCCUGCGCCGCAGCCCCCACAGGGAAGCCCUCCCAGGUCUUUCCUCUACAACCACUGCUGGGAACACAGCACUGUAUUCCCGAGCCCGGCUUGGCCCCCCCAACGCCCCAGCUGCUCAUGAACUGGAGUCCCUCGUGCACCCUCGUCCUCAAGACUGGUCCCCACCACCCUCAGACAUCGAAGACAGGGCUGAAGUGCACAGCCUUAUGGGUGGCAGCGUUUCAGACUGCCGGAGUCACUCCAAGAGAAAGAUCUCCUGGGGUCAGCCUGGCGGGCCGAGCUGGGCAGGCCCCUGGGCAGGCUGUGAGCUACCUCAGGUGGGCCCCAUGCCCUCUCUGACCCGAGCCCUGCUUCCACCUGCUGGGACUGGGCAGACGCUGUUGCUGCAGGCUCUGGUGUAUGAUGCCAUAAAGGGCAAUGGGAGGAAGAAACCACCCCCAACCUGCAGGAAUCAGGUGGAGGCCGAAGUCAUUGUCCACUCUGACUUCCGUGCAUCCAAUGGGAACCCUGACCUCCAUCUCCAAGACUUGGAACCUGAGGUUGCCCUGCCUUCAGAGGCUCCUAGCCUCACCUCGGGUGUUGUAGAUCUACGGCAAGGGCCAGACUGGCUGAACCAGGAGCUGGGAGGGUGCGAGCAGGCAGCCGCUGGGUCAGACAGACUUACCUGCCUGCCAGAGGCAGACAGUGCUUCCUGCCUCUACCCAGACCUCCCAGCCAGCGAGGCUCUGGAGGAGGCCCCUGGGAAUGGCUACCAGCAAACGACCCCCUGCCCUCUAGCAGCCAGCCCAGCCCUGCCCAGAGUUCCAGUCUCCUCUUCUGCUUAG